AUGUUUGCCGGUUACCUCUUUGCAAAAAUGAAGAAGAAAUUAAUUUUUAAUAUUUCAUUAGAAUAUGUUAAAAGAUAUACCAGUUUUAUUUUGGACACAUCUAUUUCAAAACAAUUUGAGCCAUUCAAAAGAGAAUUUUAUCAUGUUUGUAGAAGAAAUGCACUUUUUCUUUUUAGGUCAGAAGAAAUAGAGCUCCUUAUACGAAGAUCUCGAAGCCUUGAUGUUGAUCAAUUACGUGCAGUUGCUUUAUAUGAUAGUUCGAAUUCGUCGGAAGUUAACUCAGAAAAAGUUAUACAGUGUGGAUCCAACUUUGCAAAAAAGAUUACUUGCAUUCGUUACAGGAUCGAAUCCUAUUUUUGCUACAGGUCUACUAAUCUUUUAUUUAAAAUUUUUAUUCUUGGAAAUGAUUGCAAUAGAUAUUCUAUUGCACAUACAUCUAAUUUUAAUCAAUUAUGCAUUUAUCGUUAUGAAACCCGUGAAAAACUUUGCAAUUUUCUUAUAACAGCAAUCUUUGAUUCUGAAGGAUUUGGAUUAAAAUAA